GGUGGCCUUAGGCGGCCCCAGAGCAUUGGUGUCCCUCGCCCGCUACCUUCCUUCCUUCCUUUGGUUCCCACCAUGCCGAUGUACCAGGUAAAGCCCUAUCAUGGAGGCAGCGCACCUCUGCGUGUAGAGCUCCCAACCUGCAUGUACCGGCUCCCCAACGUGCACAGCAAGACCACCACUCCCGCGACCGACGCGGGCCACGUGCAGGAAACACCUGAGCCAUCUUUGCAAGCCCUUGAAUCCCGGCAAGAUGAUAUUUUAAAACGCUUGUAUGAGUUGAAGGCAGCAGUCGAUGGCCUGUCAAAGAUGAUUCAUACCCCAGAUGCAGACUUGGACGUGAGCAACAUCCUGCAAGCUGACGAGCCCACUACUUUAACCACAAAUGCAUUGGACUUGGAUUCCGUACUUGGAAAGGAUUAUGGGGCGCUGAAAGACAUCGUGAUCAACGCAAACCCAGCCUCCCCACCCCUCUCCUUGCUUGUGCUGCACAGGCUGCUGUGUGAACGCUACAGGGUCCUGUCCACCGUGCACACGCAUUCGUCAGUCAAGAAUGUACCGGAGGCUCUUCUCAAGUGCUUCGGGGAGCAGGCUAGAAAACAGUCCCGCCACGAGUAUCAGCUAGGCUUCACUCUGAUUUGGAAAAACGUGCCCAAGACACAGAUGAAGUUCAGUGUACAGACAAUGUGCCCCAUCGAAGGAGAAGGGAAUAUUGCACGUUUCCUGUUCUCCCUGUUUGGCCAGAAGCAUAACACUGUCAACUUAACCCUCAUUAACAGCUGGGUGGAUAUUGCCAUGUUCCAGCUGAAGGAAGGGAGCAGUAAAGAAAAAGCAGCUGUCUUCCGCUCUAUGAACUCUGCUCUAGGAAAGAGCCCAUGGCUGGUUGGGAAUGAGCUCACUGUGGCUGACGUGGUGCUGUGGUCUGUGCUCCAGCCGACUGGCGGUGGCAGCGGGGCAGCGCCCACCAAUGUGCAGCGGUGGCUUAAGUCCUGUGAGAACCUGGCCCCCUUCAGCACUGCCCUCCAGCUCCUUAAGUGAGUCCUAGCAGCUUGCCUUGCAGGAUUCAGUAUGAGAACGGUACGGCUUCUGGUCUGCUGUCAGGAAAGGGACUUGUUCUAGAAUCACAACCUUUUCACUAAGUCAGUUGUUAG